AUGGCUCUUCACAAUAGCUGCAGAAAGAAGUUGCGUCAGGUUGAUCUGUUACCUCAUUCGAACGGACAGCCCAUUGGUUCAUCACCCCCGGAUAAUGAGAAGGUGUACUGGUUGAUUAUGGAUAAAGAGAGUCCACGGUCCGUCUCUUUUCGCACACACCGUAGAGGCGAACGGAGUAAUCUGACCUUACAUACUAAAGAUGUGGAAGCAGGACUUCCUCAGGGAAGGGUGUCGCAAGAUUAUCCCAUGAAGAUUGUUUGGAAGAAGGGCUUUAUUCGAUUGGUUCUUGUAGGUGGCAUCUUGUGGAUGCUACUAAUUCUUCUUGCAUCGUUGCUUCAUGUUUGGUCCUGCCAGUCUUCUAUCUCAUUCUUCUCAGCUAUGUGUAACAAAGAUAGCAAGGUAUUCUCCAUGUUAGGCUCUAUGGGGUUUGUACCAAAACAACAAUCACAACAUCGCUGUCCAAUUCCCCUUGCUGAUGACCCUGAUAAGAUAGUUAUUCCAAAAGGAAGAACUCGUGAUGAAAUUGUCAAAAACUUAACCUAUGUUAUGGAGGAUGAAAUUUUGCCUGACAGAACAGAGUCAUCCCCACUAUUCGGAGGACAUCAAAAUUGGUCACAGAGAGAGGAGAGCUUUAGACUAACAUCAAACAUGAAGGUGCACUGUGGUUUUAUUCGAAAUGGUGGUGCUGAAAUGGCUCCUGCAGACAUCAAAUAUGCCAAGAAAUGUAGGUUUGUGGUUGCCUCGGGCAUUUUUGAUGGAUAUGAUGUACCCCAUCAACCUUCAAAUUUAAGUCCUCGUUCUAAGAAGCUCUUCUGUUUUCUCAUGGCGGUGGAUGAGACAUCUCUUAAAUUUAUUAAGGAAAAUGUCACAGUAACAGAAGAUAGUGAUGGGGGGAAAUGGGUUGGUGUCUGGCGUCUUGUUUUGUUGAAACAUCCACCUUAUGAUGAGCCAAGAAGGAAUGGGAAGGUCCCCAAGAUAUUAACCCACCGUUUGUUCCCUAAGGCACAGUACAGCAUUUGGAUUGAUGGUAAAAUGGAGCUAAUAGUUGAUCCAUUGCUAAUUUUAGAAAGAUAUUUAUGGCGUGGGAAGCAUACAUUUGCAAUUUCUCAGCACAAGCAUCAUCGCAACAUUUAUGAGGAGGCUGAUUCAAACAAGCGGAGGAAGCGAUAUGCUCGACCUCUUAUUGAUCUACACAUGAAAAUUUAUCGUUAUGAGGGCUUGGAGCCAUGGAAUUCAACGAAGAAAACUGUUAGUGAUGUGCCAGAAGGAGCCAUUAUCAUACGGGAACAUACUGCGAUGAGUAAUUUGUUUAGCUGCUUGUGGUUCAAUGAGGUCAACCUCUUCACACCAAGAGACCAACUGAGUUUUGGUUACGUUGUGUACAGGUUAGGGGCUUUGUUUAGGUUCUUUAUGUUUCCAAAUUGCGAGUACAAUUCACUGUUUGUGUUGCAUCCGCACAUAAGGGAGCAUUCUUCUCGAAUAGAGUGGGUAACAAAUUGGAAUCAGCUUAAAGGAAACGGAACCAUUUCGAAUAAGGGUAAAGAUUGGGACCAAGCUAAUGCGAACAAUGGCAAUUUGAUAGAGAGUCGGGGGGGCUUAGGCUUGUGGACCCCUUAUCCUGCGAAUCUUGAUUCAGUUGUCCUACCCCAUGUAGACAGAACAUCAAAAGCUGGCUGA